AUGAAAGCUUGGGUGGCACGUCCGGCGGACCUUCCAUGGAUAAAUAAUCACCUAAAUCUUGGGCAGGAGCGACGUAAGCUCACCGCCCGUCAUGACAACGUGGUUGUCCGACUGCGCUUUGCGAACAUGGAUCGACGGAGGGCGGGCCAACGAGGUCGGUUUGUCGGGCGGUCGAGUCGCCACCGACGUCAUGGACGCCGUCGACUUGGCUGGUUUACAUUCGCCACUGACCCAUUCGUGGUCGAGCGCUUCCAUGGGCGUGUACCGCGUCGCGGGGUCCCAUCGAAAGCACUUGGUGAGCAGGUCCACGAGCUUUGCGUCGUGGCACUUGAUGAGCGCGCGGAACUCACGCGAGUUGGGGCGACGCUUCCGUCCGCGCGAGUUGACGGUCGUCGUGGGGUCGCCGUUGUCGUCGAAAAAGUGUUUUCGUCGCUUGCAUUUGUCAAUCAUGUGCUUGGGAGGAACGUCAAACACUUCCAUGAUGCACGCGAGUUGCUCGCCUUCGUUCUCGCCGGAAAAGACGGGAUACCCCGUGAACAGCUCGCCCAAAAUGCACGCAAAGCUCCACAUGUCAAUGGGCAUCCCGUACGGCAGACCGAGGACGACUUCGGGCGCUCGGUAGAACCGCGACUGAAUGUACGUAAAGAACGUGGCGUGGUGAAAGCACGACGACCCAAAGUCGAUGACUGCGAUCUGCGUCGACUUGGGUUUGCGCAGGAGGAUGUUUUCCGGCUUGAGGUCGCAGUGGACAACGUUGUUUGCGUGGAGAAAUACGAGGCAGUCGAGCAGAUCGACCGCGAUUUUCUUGAGCAGCGGCAUCGGGAGGCCGCGAAAUUGCUCGAGCUUCAAGUACUCGUACAAGUUGAUGCUGAGCAACUCAAACACGAGGCACAGGUGGUUCCGAAACACAAACGUGUCGAGCAUUGCAAUCACGUUGCUAGUCCCGUCCACGUCGGCACGGUUCAAAUGCUGGAGCAACUGGACCUCCACGAUCGACUGCUCCUGGAAUUUCUGCUUGUUCCGGACGAUCUUGACCGCGACCAUUUGCCGCGUCGCAUAGUCGUGGCACUUGAGCACUUGGCCAAACGACCCGCGCCCCAAGUGCCCGACGACGUCGUAUCGAUACGCAAUGUGGUCAUGCACGUUGACGAUGUAGUCGCCUUUGUCGUCGUCAAACCCAUGGUUGGCGACGCCGGUCGUCCGCGACUUGGACUCGACUGUCCCGACGUAAUGCACGGUCGUGUAGUCCAAGAUCUCGAUCGCUUCGUGCGCCGUGAGCGCCGCCGCGUGGUGUGCGGAUGCCAGGACUUCGUGUGGCUUCAUGGGCUUUGUUGUCGAGUUGGACGACGACGUCGAGCGCUUCCUGUGAGACGACGACGUGGUGCGGUGGUGGUCGAACCCACGCACGAUCUCCUUUGGCUUGUACGGGUGGUGCGCUUGGGCUGGUUGCGCUGGCUCUGGCGGGGCUGCGGGUUGUUGGGGAGCCAUGGGAGUAGCGUCGGACGGACCCUUGCUGCCGUUGUUGUCGACGGUCAUCGAGUCGAUGAGCGAGUUCGACACGUGCUUGUCUGGAGCACGUGCCGCGAUUGCGUCGGCCACAACCUGUGCCUUGGUCUGGUCGUUCACGGCGGCAGUCGACUCUGCAACGAUCAUCUUGUGCAGUUUCGUCGUGACCUCGCGAAUGCUGCGGUGCUUUCGAUGGCCAGGACGCAGACGCAGCAUGGGGAGUUCCAUAUCCACUGCAGCGUGGUGUGA